CGCGACCGCAAAAAGAGGCAGCAACACCAACAACGACCACAACACAAACGCUGCUGGGGCGUGUAAGUGGGACGGCCGUUGUUGUUGUCGUUGUGGUGUGUUGUUUGGCCAUCAACAGCGAGCUCAUAGCAACACCACCGCAACAUCACACCACCACCACAUUCACAGCGCACUGGAUGCGCCUGUAGCGCCAGUGGCAUCUCAUCACAACUGCCGCCUGUUAUCCCUUCCCCCUUCCCGAAAGUCACCAGCUGACAUCUUCUGACGCACCUUGUAAAUUGCUUCUGCAACCUUAGUUGCUGACUUGCUCCCUUCCUCGCUUGCUCAUCAGUUACUGGCUUCCCUGCUUGCUGGACUUAUCUUCACCCGGACAUACAAAUCAAUCACAGCAUCAGCAACAGCAGCAACAGCAGCAACAGCAACAGCACAUCGACGCACGCGGAGCCGCUUGCAGCACCAACAGGACGAGCACCUAACCUGACACCCAGCGUCACACACACACACACACACACACACACACACACACACACACCCACACCCACCCACACACACACACACACAUACAAACACACUCGCUGCCUUCAACACGUGGGGUUUUCGUGCAGACGGGCAGCAUGGGCGACCAGCGGCCCGCGCGGUCGUCUUCGUCCCAUCAGCUGGAGGGCGUUGACCGCUUCGAGGAAGAGACUCAGCGCCGCCAGAGCAGGGCCAUCGCCCGACACCACCUCAUGCGCCGAACACGCGCUGGCUCCUCCACAUCGUCGUCGCGGCGCACGUCUCAAUCAUCAAGCCGCGAACACCCCGCACACCGCCGCAUCCUGCGGCACGACAACCCCACGGGGCUUCGACGGCACUCGUCCCUGGAGAGCAGCGGGCAGCAGCGGCGGCCCGGGCGUCUCUCGAGCGAGAAGCGGCCCGGCCGCCGCAAGGUCAGUGGCCUGGUCCUGCGCGUCACUGGUGAGCACGACAACGACGACGACAACGAUGACGAUGACGAUGGACAUGCCGGAUACGGUGAUGAUGGUGAGUAUGACGGUGUUGGUGGUGUUGAGCGACAAUCAGGGUCUGGGCAACACAGGCCGCGACGCAGCCAGCGGAGCAACUUUCGACGCCGGUACACGUCGCAACGCAGAGCGAGCGUGAAGAGCAGGCGACGCACGAUACAGCACGCGCUGCAUAGCCCAUCUCGCUCGCCGUCAACGGCUGCAAGACCUGCUGCCGUCGGCACACCACUGACAGCACGGCACACGCACGAUGGCAGCGGCAGUGCCCAUGUGCAUCGCCACCAAUCCCAGCACUUGCACGCGGGGUCAACGUCGCAACCAGCCAUCCCCUCCACGAACAGCCACAGUCUUGCAGCAAGCACCAUCAGCGCAGCCAGCAGUGGCCUUCGCAUGCACCACGCAGGUGAUGGCGCUGGUAGUAGCCGUGUCAACGACAACAGCAACAAUACCACCGACAGCGACACCAACAGCGGAAUGAACCACGUUCGCAGCCACAGCACCAGCAACACCACCAGCACCAACGCCAACACAACUGCCAUCAUGGGUAAUGACACAGACACAGACACGAGCAGCAGCAGCAGCGAUGAUGAUGAUGACAAUGAUGACGAUGAAUCGUUUGACACGCCUGUUGGCAACGCAGACUUUGGCACAAAUCCAGACACAAUAGCGCCGGCCGUGGCAGCGUCGGCGUCCCGGACCGCCGUUCCGCACGCGCUUGUCGACUCUGAUGACGAAUUCCUGACGGCGAGCACUGACCGGUCGCGCCAUCUUGCACGCGAGCGAAUGGCGGCAUCGCUGCAGGUGCAGCACGAGGAGAUGCGACGACGCAGGCGGAGGGGCAGAAGAAGAAGAGGUGAUGAUGGUGGUGAUGAUGGUGAUGAUGGUGGUGAUGAUGGUGAUGGUGAUGGUGGUGGUGAUGAUGGUGGUGAUGAUGGUGUUGGUGGUGUGAGUCGCGUGAGGAGUGGUAAAGGAAGAAGACGACGACGGGGACGGACGGCGACGACGAAAGACGAGAGCCAUCGUGGCGACGGCGAUGAUCGCGAUGGUGAUGACAAUGAGACGAAAGACAAAGACAAGGAGAAGGAGAAGGAGAAGGAGAAGGAGAGCAAACGAGAGAACAAGAGCAUGAAGCAGCGACUGAAGAAAAUUGGACAGUCCCUCUGGCUUGACGUCGAGGAUGUGUUGUUUCGCGUCUUGGAUGAGGACAGGGAGCCGAGACCCUGGAAGAUGCUCAACGUGCUUGUGUCCCGUGCGCACCGCGUUGCCACGACCUAUCCUGGGGCGUCGUCGCAAUUUGAUCCGGCCAUUGAUCGUGACGUCAAAAGCAGCGGACCAGAUGUCCUCACAUUCAACCACGUGCUUCCGUUUCUGUUUCGCAUCCACGACAAACCCCACCCGAGCAUCGACCAGACCGCAGUCGCAGCGCUGUGCGGGCCGCUGCUGCUGCUUGUGCUCAUGGCGCUAAACAUGGUGGGCCUGUUUUACCUGCCCAUCGUGUUUGUGGCCAUCGCUGCUGUUGGCAUUCAGGAGGCGGACGUGCCGUGCUUCUACAACACCAUCCCCGUGCAGAGUUACCUCAUUUGGAAGGCUGGGUUGUAUGCGUUCAUCUUUGUGAUGCGCGUGCUCGUGCACAUAUCCGCACAGCGGUGGAAGGCGAAAGUUUCUCGCGAAACGUCAAAACUGAAAAAGGCCCUCGAACGCGAGCGCCACGUGAUGCGGCAAGUUGGCGCCGCCCUCCGCUAUUACGACGCAGCGACAAAGGAGGACAAGCUUGCAUCAUACUGGAUGAAGGAGGCGCUGCGUGCGCGGCGACAGGUGGACGUGGUUACGUAUCACGGGCUCCUGUCCAUGGUCCGACACGACAAGAUCACGUCAUCAUUCAGCUACAGGCUGCUCAAGUUCCUGUCCCCCGUGUCCAUCGCGUGGGAUGUACUUGGUAUGGCCAUAUCUGUCGAGCUGACCCCGAGCAUGUGCGAAUCCAAAGAACUUCGCUCACUCGUCUCAGCGCUGGCCAUCUUUGCUGCUGCUGGAUUGGUUGUGCGUCUGUUCUCCUUUUUCCUCUGGCUCUUCCAAGCGCUCGCGGCGCCAGGACCCGUCCGUCGCUCAAUCUACAGAUUCAUCAACAAUUUUGAUGAGCGCUACUACUUUGGAGCGCGGGUACUGGCCACUCUUUUCAACAUCGUCGUCGACAUCGAGCGUCCAAAGCGCACGCGGGACGCGCUCAAGGACAUGCAGUUUCGGCUCGACGCCGAGCUGGCGGACAUGAAGCUGAAGCGUUAUUUGUGCCGCAUGUACGUUUUGGACCGAUUUUUGAAUCGCACGGCAGAUCACUCAGACACGCCCAACAGCCACAGCGGUGGUGGUGGUGGUGGUGCUCACCGGCCGGCGAGCAAAGCACGGCGGUCGUCGAUUGUGUCGCGAUUAAUCAAGGCCUCGCAGCGCAAGGGCAGCCAGGGCUCGUACGCCCUGCUUGAGCGCGUGCUGCAGGUGUCACAUGAUCAAGAUGCAUGGGAAGAGUUUGGAGCACUCAGUGAUCUUCUGUUCCAGCACUUUGCUACCAAGUACUCCAUUGCUAAGGGUUACAUCAACGACGCGUGGGAGGCGAAGCGCAAAGUCGAGUUCAGGUUCUGGCGACGACACGUGAUUGAGCUUGGGUUUCUUCUGGCGGACCAAAUUGAUCUCAGGCAAAUGGUGCUUGACCGGCGGAUACAGCGGAGUGCGCCAAACAGCGAAGAAGUGCAGGCGCUGCAGCGCGAGUACGACCUCGUGAAUGAGCUUGACAGCGAAGUGGAGUCUGUGAUUGAACACCUUCGCGACCUCACACCGAUGGACUUUGACGCCGCACACGACGAAGAGGGCGACGAUGGUCGUGAUGGUCGUAGUGAUGGUCGUCAUGGUGGUGCUGGUAGUCAGCGAUGGCGUGACAAAGAGGGGCGUGGGUCUGUGUUUGCUGGCGGUGAUGCUGAUGACGGCGCGGUAAUUGAUGGUCACAGACAGCGAAGCGAGGGGGAGGUGCUCGACCUCAGCAAUUGCCGUGGCGAUGACGAUGGCGAUGGUGAUGACGGUGAUUAUGAAGAUGACGAAGAUGACUUUGAGUAUGCCGAUCGUGUUAGUGGUGGAAGCGGUGAUGGGCAGCAGGCGGGACAGCAGCAGGACGCGGCAGAGGGGCGAAGCGUGGAUGACGACGACGCGUUUGACCUCAAGCUGGAGGACCUGGAGCGCAGUCUUGCCCGCGCAGAUAUCGAAACGGCGGGAAGAAUGGACAGUUUCGUGCAUUUGCGCGAGUCAUCCGCGCAGUUGGCGGCAAGCGAGCGCGAGCUGUCACGGCGGCGCCAAACGCACAACGACAAGAAGAAGACACGAAAGUCAGAGAAGAAGAACAAGGGCAACAAGCAGCGAGAGGACAAGGACGCGGAGAGGAGGAGGAGCAACGCACACAAGCGCAGCUCAAAGGAAGAAGUGAAGGCACAAGAGCACGGGAAGGCACAAGAGCAAGCGAAGGUACAAGAUGGUGCGUCCCACGAACACGGCUCGACAGACGCCCAUGCACGCAAUCAUCAUCACGCACCGUCGAAAGGCGGGCUUGCGUCCAUGCAGCUUGCGAGCGCGGCGCUUGGCGUCGUUGCAGCGAGCAUGAACACAGACAGCUCCAACCCUGAUAGCAGUGUUCAUGAUGGCGGUGGCGGUGAGCGCGGUGAAUGGGACGACGUCACAGCAGCGCUGGUGACCGCAGGUGCAUCAGCAACAACAGCCACUGCAGCACAGCAAUCACAGCAGCAAUCACAACAACGACAACAACAACGACAACAACAACAACAACAACAACAACAACAACAACAACAGCAGCAGCAGCAGCAGGAGCAAGCGGGGCGUGGGCGGCGGACUGUUCCAAUUCGCAAGGCGACGACGACGCGCAUUGACGUGACGCCAUCACCGCCAUCAUCGCGACGCGCAACACAUGAUGACCUGGACCCGAUCAGCGGCAUUGACAAUAUGCACGCAAAGCCCCAACAACAACAACAUCAACAACACCAGCACCAGCAGCAGCAGCAGCAGCAGCACCAGCAGUGUGCACCGUCGGCAGGGCUGUUGCAACCACCGCCACCAUCUUAUGCGUCACUGCCUGACGUGGCUGAUUCUGGCAGGCGUCACACCGUUGGUGUGGACUCGCUGCAGUCCGUGGCAGCGCGCCGUAAGCGCCACCUCAUCGACCCAUCCAACGUCACGAUGGGUGGAUAUGGUGGUUAUGAUCAGGACAACGGCAGCUCCAGUACCACCACAGUCCAAAGCAACCAGCGGCCAGUCAGCAGUCACGGCAGCAGCGGUGGCGGUGGCGGUGGUGUUGGCCGUGAGUUUGUGCGCCAUCCUGCAACGGAGCCCCCGUUUUCGCGGCGGUGGUCGCGUGGGCGCUACAGCCACUCGCGCCGCCGCCACAGCACAGCGGUGGAGGGGCUGGCUGGGCCCAUAUCCCCGGCGCCAAGCGCACCAGACCUGAAACCUUCACGGCUGGCAGAGGACCUCUCUGAACGUUCACGAGAGGCGUUCCACUCGCACUUCCGCACGGCGACACUGAUGGCUGCAGACCGCUACUUUACGCAAUCGCGGGAAACGCUCAAGCCGGAUGCGGGCGUUGCAACGCCGGACAGGCGACGGCGCAGCAGCUCCAAUCCAGCAGCCAUGCACGCGGCAGUGGCCCGAACACGCACUGGCGGUGUUGGCAGGCGAGGCAGCAACAACGUACAAGAUCAGCAGCAGCAGCAGCAGCAGCAGCAUCUUGCUGUGCCGAUGUCGCCCCUUGCCGUGUCGUCGCCUGCACUUGUUAAUCCCAACGAGGCGGAGAAAGAGCGGGAAGAUGGCAGUGAUGGCGACGAUGGUGACGGUGGUGACGGUGACGAUGAGUUUGUCGAUGCGGUUGACACGUUGGAAACGAGCCUGCAUGCAUCGCAAUCACAAACGAGCAAGCGAUCGUCCAUCGUCUUUGAAUCGCCAGUGCACGUUCAAACACCACAACAGCAGCAGCAACAGCAGCAGCAACGCAGUGGCAGUGGCGGCGCUGAUCGUGAGCAGCAUAGGUCUGUUGACUUUUCCGUCAGCGUUCGGACUGGAUCUGGCCGCAGUACGGGCGCAAACGAGCGCGUCGGUGCACCGCACGCCCGCAUGCAGACGCCCGAAAUGAGGGGAGGGCGAGGGCGAGAUACCGACAACAGUGGUGGUGGCGAUGGUGAUGGUGCGGACAGCGACGCUGGCAUCCAGCACCAUCUUGGUACCAUGAGCGUCGUGUGA